AUGAAGGUUUUUGAGCGUGUCCUGGAAGCUCGUCUGAGGAAAAUUGUUAGCGUUUCACUCAACCAGUGCGGCUUUGUGAAGGACUGCAGCACUAUAGAUGCUAUCCAUGCUGUCCGAAUCCUCCUGGAGAAACAUCGAGAGAAGAACCGCAGUGUGCAUCUUGCUUUUCUCGAUCUCGAGAAAGCUUUCGACCGUGUCCCACAUGAGCUGUUACGGAUGUCCAUGAGGUCGCAUAAAGUACCAGAAGAAUAUGUGCGGUGGACGAAGCUGCUUUAUGCGAAGCCUACCAGUGUUGUACGUUGGGCUGCUGGAACAAGCAGGCCAUUUCCUGUACAAGUAGAGAUUCAUCAGGGUUCAUCACUGUCAUAUGCUGUGUCUCUGCUGUUCAUACUGUGUAUGGACACGAUAACGAAGGAAACCCAGAAGCAGCAUCCGUGGACUCUACUCUUUGUCGACGAUGUCAUGCUCGCGUCGGAGUCUCUAAAUGAUCUUCAGAAACAAGUACAGUCUUGGAAGGAUCAGCUGCAGCAAUAUGGAUUGCGCCUGAACACAUCAAAAACUGUGCACAUGGAGUGCGGACCAAGGAUAGAGGAUGGUUCAAUUCGUGUCGAUGGCACCGAAUUAAACAAGGUGAACUGUUUCAAGUACCUUGGACCCAAAGUGACUUCCACAGGCGACAUUGAUCAAGAAGGUCGAGCACGUGUUGAUGCUGCAUGGAUGAAGUGGAAAAUGGCAACAGGGCUACUGUGCGACGAGAAAGUCCCUGUUCGACUGAAGUCGAAGAUCUACAGGACGGUUGUGCGUCCUGUUGCACUUCACGAAUGCGAGUGCUGGCCGACGACGAAAGCCUUGGAAAGAGUGCUGCACGCUAUGGAGAUGCGGAUGUUGAGACGAAUGUUGGACGAUAAGUGUAACGCUAAAAGAGAAAGUAUCCAACGACACUGUAGGUUCCAUUUUCGGCGUCGUCCCGAUAACUGA